AUGAGGUUCAAAUUCCCUGAUGAAGAUAUCAUGAACUUGAACAACGAAAAGGUCAUAGGUGACGAUGAAAGUCCUGAACCAGGAGCUCGAUGGAAGCUCAUGUUCAAUGGCGCAUUAAAUUCCCUGGGGCACGGGAUCAGAGUUAUUCUAAUCUUGUCAAGGGAUGAUUAUACUCCCUUUACGACAGGUUUAUGCUUUGAUUACACGAACAAUUUGGCUGAAUACGAACCGUGCAUCAUGGGAAUUGAAGUUACUAUUGACCUUAAAAUCAAAAUCGUGGAUGUAUAUGGAGAUUCAACAUUAGUUAUUUACCAAGGGAAAGGAGAUUGGGGAACUUGUCAUCCUAAGUUGACCCCGUAUCGUGCUCAUGUCGUGGAAUUGAUGAAGUACGUUGAAGAAAUUACCUUUCAUCAUAUUCUGAGAGAGGAAAACCAGGUCACUGAGGAUAUGGCUACAUUAGCGUCAAUGUACCAAGUAAGAUUCCACAAUGAAGCUUUGAUCAUUAUAAUAGAUCGUAAAGAUGAACCAACAUAUUAUCAACCAGUUGAAGAGGAAGCCGAUGGAAAAUCAUGGUUCCAUAACAUCAAAUGCUAUCUUCAAAAGCAAAAGUACCUUGCAAAUGCUUCAGCCAUGGAUAAGAAAACUUUGAGAAAGUUAGUAUCCAAAAAGAUUAUGAGCUUAAAGUGUAAAUUUGACACUUAUGACACGUUUUGGCAUAGCAAAAAUAAUCAGUUUUAUGUUAUUAUAAGAGCUUAA